AUGGCGGCGGUGACAGUGGCAGAGGCACCCGAGGUCCUUCAGGAAUGCGGCUGCAAGGGCAUCCGGACUUGUCUGAUCUGCGAGCGACAGCGCAGUGGUGACCCGUCCUGGCAGGUUCCCCCGCAGAAACGGGACCGUUUCAUGUACUGCGCCCACACUGGCUGGGCUGUGGGCGCCGAGGAGUCUGACUUCGAAGGCUGGGCCUUCCCCUUCCCAGGAGUGACGCUGAUAGAGGACUUUGUGACGCGGGAGGAGGAAGCUGAGCUGGUGCGCCUGAUGGACCGGGACCCCUGGAAGCUCUCGCAGUCUGGUCGGAGGAAGCAGGACUACGGCCCUAAGGUCAACUUUCGGAAACGGAAGCUGAGGGUGGCUGGCUUCAGAGGCCUGCCCAGCUUUAGCUGGGAGGUGGUACGGAGAAUGGCCCUCUACCCCGGCCUGGAGGACUUCCGGCCCGUCGAGCAGUGUAACCUGGACUACCGCCCUGAGUGGGGCUCGGCCAUCGACCCUCACCUGGAUGACUCCUGGCUGUGGGGGGAGCGGCUGGUGAGCCUCAGCCUGCUCUCCUCCACGGUGCUGUCCAUGGGCCACGAGGCGCCCGGCAGCCUCCUGCUCUGCCCGGCGCCUCCUGGCUCCCUGGAGCCCUUGGUGGAAGGUGUGCUGGCCUUCAGCAGGUCCAUCCUGUGCCAGGACGUGGAGGUGGCCAUCCCCUUGCCCCGCCGGUCGCUGCUGGUGCUCUCGGGCGCGGCACGGCACCAGUGGCAGCAUGCCAUCCACCGGAGACACAUCACCGCCCGCCGCGUCGGCGCCACCUUCCGGGAGCUGUCAGCCGAGUUCUGCUCCGGAGGGAAGCAGCAGGCCCUGGGGCAGCAGCUCCUGCAGCUCGCCCUCUCCUUCCAGGGAAGACCUGUAUGA